UGUUAGUCGCGAUAUUCCGCGUAUAUCGAGUAGAUUUUUCACUGCAUUGUCACUUAAUAGGCGGCACGGAGUACAAAGAAUGGGGUGAAAGUUGUACUGUGUGUAUGAAGAAGAAUGAGGUCCGGUGAAGCUCUCGUAAUAAAGGUCGUUGCAGGUGUCGCCUGCGUAUUCGCGGGUCUCUGUGUCGUCUGCCUCGUCGUGUUUCUGUGUAAAAGGUACUUCGGCAAGAAUAAGGUCGGACUGGAGCAGCAUAGAAACAAACCAAAAAUAAUUAAAAAGCAACGUUCUGACCCCUCACACCGAACGACAGCACCGCCCUCUCCUCCCGUCGGCAGAUUGGUGUCAUGGAAGUAACGUCGAGGAUGAUUCGAAAGUACUGUCCAACUCAAACAUUCAUCCUUUUGCUUGUAUAUCAUUGUCUUCAACGUACAUGUAUAAACAGAAGACGGGAUUUAGCUGCAGUUGAAGAAGACGGGAUUAGCUGCAGUCGACAAACCAUUUACGAAUUCAUGGAUUACUAUAUAUUAACGAAGAAAAUCACCAUAAAAUGCUGCUUCUUGCAGAAUUAAGAUGAUGAUGUAUUCAACAGAUGACUAAUGGGUUUCUACCAUGCAGUGACUGAUAAUGAUUCUGCAGAAAUGUGACACCUGUAUUGCUAUGUGCGUUGAUAAAAAAGGUCCUAAUGUUGCAAGAGGGAAACCUGCAUCACAAUCGACAACCUAUGAUAAAGGUGAAGCAAGCAAAGCCGUAGAUGGGAACCCCAACCCGAGCCGAUAUCAGGACUAUUCCUGUACCCACACCCGCCGCAAUUACCCACCGCCCUGGUGGUUUGUUGAUCUCAAAGCGCGCCAUUCCGUCAACAGCGUCACCAUCAUCAACAGAUCGGAUGGUUAUGGCAACCGUCUCAAAGACUUUGAUGUGAUAAUAUCAGAGGUUGCGCCACCAAGCGGUUUCUCCUCGGGUGAAGUGUGCUACAGUCACCAAGGAAAUUCUGCCAAUGGGCAGAUAUACAACCUACCAUGCCAGGGUAAAGUCGGGCGGUUUGUUGGUGUGAGACUAAGGGAUGCAGGAACCCUGAGUCUCUGUGAGGUGGAAGUAUAUGGUAACAGUUGGAGCUACAUGUACUAUGCAAUAACAGCUUCUGAGGAGCUUAAGCUCGUGGCAACAAAUUCCCUGAUAUCACUAUCAGAAUGCAGUUAUUGGUGCUUGAAGUGCCUGGACUGUUACGAGUUCUCCUUCACGAAUGAGGUGUGCCGUAUGUACGGGAAGGACGUCAUCGCCGGAACACCGUCACCGUGUCCGGUUCCGAACCAAUUAGUCCGAAGUACGAAUUGCCACAGGAAGCUCUUACCCUGGAAAAGUACGGUCACUGGUGUGGAUGGGAGAGAACGGGGAUCUUGCCGGCUGCCAAAUCUGGGUAUUGCGAAUGUAAUGAUACCGUACAGAUGUGUGUGACCGUGAAACAUCCUGUGGAUGAAGUGGACACUGCCUGUGCCGUCCGUGAUUUUUGCACCCAAUGCAUAAGAAGGCCAAGCAUCCUUGAAUUCAACUGGUGCGAGUGUGAAAAGCCAUUUGUCGACAUGUUAGAUAAAGCGACGUGUCCGACACCGGAAUGUGAGGCGUACAGGACUCGCCUGCUGGCUGUGUACCAGAAAAUGCCAUGCUACUGUCGCUGGCUUGGCAAGACGUGUACAAAGAAGGGCGUUAAGGAAAACGUGUUCUGCUGCCAAAUAACUUCAGUUAUUGGGACAUGUUAGCAUGGUUGCAGCGAUUACAAAAGGAGCCGUUGACCAAUAUUGUCCAUUCUUAUUAACUGUUAUGUUCCAUCGCGUGCAAGAAAAAAUCGUGCCUUUAUGCGGGCGAUCUGUACCAAUUAUCUCACUGUUUAUACUCGUACAAAACUUUCAAGUAUAGUAGGUCGAUACAACGGUCAUCAUCUGUACCCGUCACCUCACUGUACUCGAACAAAACUGUCAAGUGUCACUAGAAAAUGAAACUCAAUAGGUCGAUAUAAUGGUGAUAUGACUUUAAAAUAUUUCAAUGAUGAGGCUUUGGAAUAUCUUCCGACUCUCUGUGGACUGAUGACAUCAGCAUUCAGCUACUACCUGCAGGGUAAACGUGUCUCGCUGGAUUGCAUACUUAUUCGGGACGAUCAACAAACCUUAAAGAAAGCAAUGAGAUGAGCGACCAUUGUCGAGGCUCUCGAUCUGCAAAUAAACAAGUCAAAACACUUUAAUAAAGCUUGCUUC